AUGCGGAAAUGGUACGGAAAAUCUGGCGCAGGGAAACUCACAAUGGGCUUCGCCAACUUAUGGUUCUCGCAUCCCCGCAAGUUCGGUCCAGGAUCCCGUUCCUGCCGUGUGUGCUCCAAUCAUCAUGGUCUGAUUCGAAAGUACGGACUAGAUAUGUGCCGUAGGUGCUUCCGAGAAUAUGCAAAGGAUAUUGGAUUCAAGAAGCUGGAUUAA